AUGCCUCAAACCCACAACACAAACAGGGCCAGACUCCGUGAUGUCCUACCCAACUUAUAUCUGGGCAAAUGGAAGCCAGGUCCGCUAAACUCCAUGACGGAUGUUCCGGGGGUGUUGGUUAGCACAAUCUCUGCCAAAACUGAUCAGGACACCAAUGCCGGCGUCACAGUCAUUCUGCCUCGGAAAGAUUGGUUCCAGUCAUCAUGCCUCGCCGGUAUUUUCAGAUUCAAUGGCUGCGGAGAAAUGACAGGCUCGCAUUGGAUCGAAGAAACGGGACUUUUAACCUCCCCCAUUGUGAUUACAGGAUCUACUGGGGUAGGUGACGCCUACAAAGGCAUCUUAGAAUACGCCUGUCGACAUCACUGUAACGACUCAGGUGACAUGGACUUGUUCAUCUUCCCACUGGUGGCUGAGACGUACGAUGGGUAUCUGUACGAUGACAAACGAUUCGCCGUUACACCCGAGCAUGUCAUCAAGGGGAUUGAGACUGCCUCUCCCGGGCCUGUAGAGGAAGGGAAUACCGGAGGCGGAACCGGCAUGAUUUGCCAUCGGUUCAAGGGCGGUACUGGAUCUAGCAGUCGUGUUGUUCCGGGAUUUCACAACCAACGUAGCCCCAAAGACUACACUGUUGGUGUCCUGGUUCAAGCAAACUACGGAUCAAAGGAGAAUCUGCACAUCGCAGGUGUUCCUGUCGGACGGCUAAUGAUGGAGCAACAUGGUCUUGCCAGAGACGACCUUAGUUCGAAUGAACCUCGCAAGGAUGGAAGUAUCAUCGUCGUUAUUGCAACUGAUGUUCCCUUGUCAGCAAUCCAACUUCAGCGAGUCGCCAAGCGUGCCACAGUGGGUUUAGCCAAAGUUGGUGGUUACGGAGCCAACUCUUCUGGCGACAUAUUUCUCGCCUUCUCUACAGCAGCAGAGGUCCCCUUGGAAACUGGCGCAGGUGGCAACGCGGAUCCGAUGAAGCCGCUUCCGUUAAGUGGGCAAUGGAUAGAUGACAGCACGAUUAAUGGUGUGUUUGAAGCCGCGGCAGACGCGACGGAGGAGGCCAUAUACAACGCAUUGUGUAUGGCGGAUACGAUGCAAGGGUACAAGGGGAGAACAGUACAGGCUUUGGAUCUGGAGAUGUUGAGGAAGAUAAUGAAGGGAGCUAUGACAAAACUUUGA